AGUUAUCACCUUGAAGAGCUGGACCUGUCCUCCUGUCUCCUGACUCAUGGCAUGAUUCAGAUGCUGCAGCCUGCCUUCAGACACACACAUAACCUCAAUCUGCAGUUUAACAGCCUGGGUCCUGAGUCCUGCAUCCUCCUGAGAGAUCUGCUACUAGACCCCAAGAGUUCUAUUAGAUCUCUACAGUAAGACUACACUUUAAUUCAUGUGUUUACGUUGUUGUAGUCUGUGUGUA